AGAGCGAGAGCUGAAGACGAACCGCAGCGCGCCGUCAUUGUGAAAGGCACGGAGCCGCACGCAGCCGAGCCCCGCGGGGGAGUCCGGACACAGCCGCGAGCGGGGGACACGCUCCACGGCCCGCGCCCGGGACUGGAUUUACCUCCGUUUUCUUCGCGUAUAUAUAAAUAUGUAUAGGAGAUCCUGGUGGCUAGGCUAAGCUAACCGUGCUAGCAGCCUCGAGCCGUGUGCGCUUGUUUGUCAACACAAGCUGACGUUCAGAGCGCGAGCCGAGCAGGGCCGCGCACGAGCUAACUUCUUUAAAGACUUAAACACGCGUUUUUCCCUUUCUUGUUUUUUCUUACGCGUGUUUUGUAUUUUUAAUUUAUUUUAUUUUAUUUUUUUUUUCAUCGUGUGCCAUGCUCCUGCGCAGGAGCGUCGGAGUGAGAGUGGAUCGAGAUUUAAAAAAAAAAGAAAAAACACAUACGCACACGCCUCACUAUCCUUUAGCUUUAGCGUUAGCUUAGCCCGAAGCUAACUGGCUUCCACGCACGGUUCCACGCAUGGGGAUUAACCAUCAUCCAGCGUGACCCGCACCCGAGACCCCCGCAGAAGCCCCCGCCUCCCCGCAGAUCUGUUUACAAAGCCUCGGGGUGGGAGCAGUCGGAGGCCAGCGGGCUUCUCCCGGCUCCGGGGAUGGUGCCAUGUGACCGAGCGGCCGUGGAGCCAUAACCACCACCACCUCCACCAGCAGCAGCACCGCUCCUUCAUCCUCCUCCUCCUCCUCCUCCCAGCAUCCCCUGAUUCCUCGUACAGCUUUGCUCCGAGCUCUGGACAAGGCCGCCACAUGACUCAGCCACUGGAGCCAUAGAUCAAGUCAAGCUGAAAAUGAGUGCAGUCGGGGAAAGCCCCCUGGACCCCGCCACGCCCGAGUCACGCAAGAGGAGGGCCUCGCCAUGCGACACGUCGGGGCAAAGCCUGGAGAAGCGCAGACGGGAGCUGGAGUGUCGCUACAUCGAGGAGCUGGCCGAGCUGCUGUCCUCCAACAUGGGCGACAUCGCCAGCCUCAGCUCCAAGCCCGACAAGUGCCACAUCCUGAAGAGCACCGUGGACCAAAUCCAGCAGAUCAAACGGCGAGAGCAAGAAAAAGCGGCUCUUCUUUCUCCAGACGACGAGGUGCAGAAGAGCGACAUCUCCUCCAGCAGCCAGGGGCUGGUGGAGAAAGAGGCCCUGGGGCCCAUGCUGCUGGAGGCCCUGGACGGCUUCUUCUUCGUGGUUAACGGCGAGGGCCGCAUCGUCUUCGUGUCGGAGAACGUGACGAGUUACCUGGGCUACGCUCAGGAGGAGCUGAUGACCUCCAGCGUCUACAGCAUCCUGCAUGUGGGCGACCACAGCGAGUUCGUCCGCAACCUGCUGCCCAAAAGCCUGGUGAACGGCGUGCCGUGGCCUCAGGAGCCGAGCCGCAGGAACAGCCACACCUUCAGCUGCCGCAUGCUGAAGAGGCCGCCGGACGAGAUGGACUCGGAGAACCAGGAGGCGCGGCAGCAGUACGAGAUCAUGCAGUGCUUCACCGUGUCGCAGCCGCGCGGCGUGCAGGAGGACGGAGACGACCUGCAGAGCUGCCUGAUCUGCAUCGCCUGCAGGACGCCGCGAACACAGGCCGUCAGCACCGAGUCGUUCAUCACCAAGCAGGACCCCACAGGGAAGAUCAUCUCCAUAGAGACGAGCGCUCUGCGAGCGACUGGCCGUCCUGGCUGGGAGGACGUGGUCAGGAAGUGUAUCUACGCCUUCUUUCAGCCGCAGGGCAAAGAGCCGUCCCACGCCAAGAAGCUUCUCCACGAGGUCAUGACCCACGGCACCGCCAUCAGCCCGCUCUACCAUUUCACCUUAAGCGACGGCACGCCGCUCAGCGCUCAGACCCGCUGCAAGUUCUGCUGCCCCCCCAACCCUGAUGUACAGCCCUUCAUCAUGGGCAUCCACACUAUUGACAGGGAACACAACACUGCUAGCUCUCAGGAAAACACUAACCCCAGCCUUCCACCCUCCCUCGGCAGUAUGGCCCCGACCCCCUCCCGCUCCCCGUCCCUCCCCCCCAGCAACAACUCCAGCCAGGGCCCCGGCCUCUCCUCCUCGGGCCCCCACCCCAACAACAGCAACGCCUCCUCCCACGGACACAACUCGGCAACGCCGGCGGGCUACCUGACGCCCACCCGGACGAACUGUCCCCAGCAGGUCAGCAGCCCCUCCCCUCUGAGCAGCCCACUCACAGCCACCCCUACCUCUUUUAUGUCGCCCAGGAUGCCUCGGGCCAGUCCUGGGUCGGCGGGGAGCCCCCGAGUCCAGGGGAACCCCUUCUCCCCCUCCACGCCGGGCCUCCACUCCCCAGCGGGGGCUCCCAGCAGGCAGCAGUCCGGCGGCGAGGGGGCGAGCGGCGCAUCGACGGGGGCUUUCUCCCUGUCCUCCCCCGUCCUUAAGAGACAAGCCAGUACGCCCACCGGAUCCUCCGGUCGGACCCCGUCGGCGAAGCUGCCCGACGGGGGCGAGGAAGGGGGAGAGGACUCUGUUAAAGCCCCCCUUCCGUCGGCCCCGCAGCCGGGGAACCCCAGACUCAACCAGCUCCUGGAUAGCAGUGGGUCCGGAGCCGAGUCCAACCACAACAACAACAACAGCAGUGUCCACUGCACCUCAUCACCUCAUCCCCCCGCCCCCGCCCCCAACCCCGCCCCGCAGUGCCCCGCCUCCCACAGCAGCCUGACGGAGAGGCACAAGAUCCUGCACCGGCUGCUCCAGGACAACAGCCCCAACGACUCCUCCUGCGCCGCCGCCGCCGCCGCCGAGGACGGAGGAAACAAAACCGAGGUGGAGAUCAAGAAGGAGCCGCCCGCCAGUCCGGCACCGAGCACAGCGACGACCAAGACCGGGUCCAGAGAGCCGCAGGACCACCAGCUGCUCCGCUUCCUCCUGGACACCGACGAGAAGGACCUGGGCGACCUGCCGCCUCCGUCCGCGCUCAGCCUGCAGACGGUCCGGGUGAAGGUGGAGAAGCGAUCCAGCGUGGACGGACCCUCGUGCACGGGGCCGGCCUGCGCCGCCGCCAAACUGUCCGCCGGAGCGUCCGGAGGCCCGCCGAGCGUCAGCCCCACGUCCAGCCCGGUGGGAGAGAGCCGGAGAGACAGCCGCAAGGACAGCAGAGACUCCACGCUGUCCGGUGGUCCGGCUGACCUGGACCCCCUCUCCCAGCUGCUGCCGGGCCUCCGAGGGUCCGCUCAGCUCUGCGAGGACCCGGAGUCCGCCGGAGCGACCCCCCAGGCCCCGGCCCCGCUCCAGUCCCCCCUGUCCCAGCUGCAGUCCCCGUCCCCCCAGCUGCAGCCCGGAGAGGCCAGCACCCCCCGAAUUAAUGUGAAGCGAGAGCCGCCCGGCACGCCCAACAGAGGACUCGGCGACGGCGGCCCGCCGUCCGGCUGCAGCCUCAAGAGUCAGUCGUCGUUCGAUUUCUGCAACCCCCCCACUCCGACCCCCCAGCAGGGCCAGGGAGAGCCCUUCCAGACCCCCAAAGACGGCAGCAGCCCGUUCCCAGAGGCCGAGGUCCUCAACCCCUUCACCUCAAGCACUGGCCUAACAAAGAUGGAUGUGGGGGAGUCUCAGUUCCAGCCUCUGGCCCUGUCCGACACCUUGACCUUUGAGGCGUUGGGAACGCCUCUCCAGGCUCCUCUGGCGUCGCCACAAGAGCAGUGUGUCCCCUGCACGCUGGACGAAGUCCUCGGACCCCCGACCACCCCCGAGGGCCGGAACGACGAGAAGGCCCUGCUGGAGCAGCUGGUCUCCUUCCUGAGCGGCACCGACGAGAGCGAGCUGGCCGAGCUGGAUAAAGCUCUGGGCAUCGACAAGCUGGUGCAGGGCGGGUGCUUCGACCCUCUGCCUCAAACCUUCCCACCUCAGCAACCCACUGCCACGCCGGUGUCCCUGGACCCCAAACUGCCCACCUACCCCUCCCAGUUCACACCCGCCCCCCCGCAGGCGCAGUUUCCCCCGGAGCUGGCGGCGGCGGGGCCCCAGGGUCUGGGGUUCGGGAGCCCUCGGGGGGCCUUCCCCGGAGGGACGACGGGCGUCGGGAUGAGGCCGGGCAUCGCCCGGCCGCAGGGGGCGGGCGCCCAGCUCAGGCUGCCCCCCAACCAGCUGCGCCUGCAGCUGCAGCAGAGACUGCAGGGCCCCCAGCAGCUGCAGAGCCGGCUGGCAGCCAUGAGCCCGUUUGGCGGAGCGCCGCAGCACGGGGCUCCGGGGGUCCGGCCGGGGGUCCGCCCGGGGGCCCCUCAGCCUCAGAUGCCCUCACAGCCCCCGCUCAACGCCCAGAUGCUGGCCCAGCGCCAGCGGGAGCUCUACAGCAUCCAGCACCGCCAGCGCCAGCUGUUCCAGCAGAAGGUCCUGCUCAUGAGGCAAAACAUGGCCGCCGCCCCCCCCACCAAAGGAGCCCCCACCACACCUCAGCAGCAGCAGCAGUUCAGCUUCCCGGCGGGGUUCAGCGCCAUGACGGGAAACCCCCCUACCUCAGCCGGCCCCUUCAGCCCCCCCGACGCCAAGCUGCCCCCCAGACUGCCCCUCGGCAGCCCCACGCUGGGGGGGCAGUUCAGCAGCACCGGGCUCUUUCAGCAGUUUGGGGGCUCCGCCGUGGGCCAGCAGGACCCCCCCUUCCCUCCGGAGAUGAGCCCCACCAGCCCCCUGCUGUCCCCGCCCAACUCCACCUCCCAGAGUCCUCUGCUUCAGCAGGCCCCGCCCCCCGGCUACCAGUCACCAGACAUGAAGAGCUGGCAACAAGCAGGGAUGGGCAGCCUGUUCGCCCAGCCGGGGCAGGGCGCCGCGCAGCCGGCCUUCGGCCAGCAGGGCGUCUACAACAACAUGAGCAUCACCGUGUCCAUGGCGGGGGGCUCGGCCGGCGUGGCGGCGCUGCCGCCCAUGGGGCAGGCGGUGGGCAUGAGCGGCAGCGGCCUCGGCAGCGUGGGAUCGGUGUGCAGCGACCAGCAGGUGCAGCAGGGUCCAGGUGUUUGCGGACGUCCAGUGCACGGUGAACCUGGUGGGCAGCGACUCCUACCUGAACCAGGCGUCCAUCGGAGCCGCCGCCGCCACCGCCGCCGCCGCCGCCUCCCAGAAGGGCCCCGGACCGCAGGGCCCCCCAGGCAGCCAGGCCCAGCAGAAGAGCCUCCUCCAGCAGCUGCUCACCGAGUGACUCCUCCCCCCUUCCUCACCCUCUUCCACACUCUCAGCUCCUCCUCCUCACUUCUGAACGCCGCCUCCGCCUCCUCCUGCUCCUCUGGUUUGAGGAGGUCAGGGUCCGGUGGUACUUUAAAAAAAAAAAGAAAAAAAACCAAGGCUGUAAGAAGUGCGGAGUGUGUUCAGACCUGCCUGUCUAAUCUGUCUGACAACCUGUCUGUCUGCCUCAGCCUAUUGAAGGCAGUGUUGUCUUGCUGCUCAUUCCUCGGUGACCUACUUCCUGCUUCCUGACCCAAGAAAGAAAGAAGAAGAAAAAAAAAAAAAACAAAACGACAAACCGCGACGUCAUUGUAGAUCUGCCAAGUUGUCUUCACUGUCGAAUCAGGGCCGGCCUCCCCCCGCGGCGACGGGACGGUCCCGGGUUGGCCGGGGGCCGUGGCAGCAGCUGCAGCACCUCUGGAUGUUUUGAUUGAGUUUUUAUUUUUGGUUCUCCGGUCUCUCAGCGAUGUGGGAAUGUUGAGAGGUUUCAGACCUCUGUGGCAUUGUGGGAUAGAAGCUCAGGAUCAGCUGGCUCUGGGACUGUCUCUCUAUCGGCUGCAGUGCCUGCUGGAAGUGCUCUGCUUCUCCUCCUUCUUCUUCUUCUUCUUCUUCUGCGACAUAUUGUUCACUUUUGUUUAAAAUCUUCUGCUCUCACCUUCAUCAUCAUCAUCAUCAUCAUCAUCAUCAUGAACAGCCAGAACGGACCGAUGGAUGGAUGAAAGGAUGGAUGGAUGGAUGGAUGGGAGACAGACGGGAUGCUGCUCAGUUUCUAUUUUUUUGGAACUUACGUGUCUUUCUCCCCUCCAGGAGGAGGUUAGAUUUUAUUUUUUUCUUUCUCAAAGGUCUAAAAAGAGACUGUUGUUUUUUUUCUUCUUUUUAUUUAACUGUCCGUCACAUUUAACCCCUCCCCCCACACCUCCACCCACCUCAGCAGCUGUGAAUACUGAGCCCCCCCUCGGGCUCUCUCUCUCUCUCUCUCUCUCUCUCUCUCUCUCUCUCUCUCUCUCUCUCUCUCUCUCUCUCUCUCUCUCUCUCUCUCUCUCUCUCUCUCUCUCUCUCUCUCUCUCUCUCUCGGCCUAUCAGUGUUGUUUGCCACCAUGCAGGCGGGUAGUAUUGCUAGUAUUGUACAGUACAGAAGGACAAAAGACUCACUCUUCUCUUGUAAACUUCUUUCCUCUGAGGUUUGAAAAAGAAACAAAACAGUGUAACGAAUCGAUGUGAUUCAAGUCAGGUUGGAUUUAUUGAUUUUUUUUUUUUUUUUUGCUAUAAAUUUACCUCUUUUUUUUUUUUAAGUGUUUCUCAGCAUCUGAUAACGGGAGGAAACUAUUCCAGCUCUCCAAAAUGUGAAGAAAAAGACAUUUUAAAGGUACAAUAUGUAACAUUUUCAGUCUUAAGAAGCUAGGCGGUUCGGUCUUGUAAUACCACUCCUCACCACCGGGCGGUGCAGUGAGUCCGAAGAUACGGCACUUAAAUCUUACAUACCGUACCUUUAAGCCAACCAUUUACCGGAAAAGGAACAAAAGAAGAAGAAAAGCUGGAUUUGACUGGUGUCCACAGACUUUCUGUUGUGAUGGUUGAGAGUAAUUAAGGGUUUGAUUGCUUUAUUAUCUCUGGAGCUCGGCAGCCAUCUUUCCUCAUUUUCUCCUUUUUUUUUUUCUUCAGAAAACUCUGCAGAGAGUAACGUGUUUAUAUCCAAUGUGUUAAAAAAAAAAAAACGAGGAUACAGAAAGCUGCGACACACCGGAGGCGACGACGCAAAGUUACGGUGAAAUGGGACCGUGGUGGGAGGAGCUUCCCGGUGAACAACAGGCCAAUGAAGGAAAUCCCAGCUGGCGGUUGGAAAAGUCUUCUGUUUCUAAGUUCCCUCAUCUUGAGCAACGUGGAGUCGUCGGCGUAGAGGAGCCGUUCGGCUCCGUUCGACGCCGUUACCGUGGUUACAUGAAGAGACGCGAUUCAGUUCGAUCACACUGACGUGCAGGAAGACGGCGUCGCCUCGGCGUGUAGCUGGUUAGCGGCUAACCGUUCACACAUUAUGUUGGUUCAGUAGGUUUAACGACAGAAACCGGGUUGAGUCACAAAAAAACGGUUUGGUUGUGUUCCUCCUCACCUCCUUUGAACGUCUUUAUUUUUAUAUCUUUAAUGCAGUUUUUUGUUUUGUUCUUUUUUUGGGAUUCAACCCUCUUCUUCCUCCACGUCCGGUUCCUUGAUGAAGACUUCACACACACACACACACACGCACACACACACACACACACAGACUACUGUUGCUCAGUCAGACACUGUCUCUCUCAGCAAUAACACGCCCGUUUUCAUUCGAAGAGACGUUUUUCAGCAGAAAUCUCGGAAUCGUCCCGCUGGUUCAGAACCACUCGUUGACCCCGAUGGAACCCGUUCCCCCUUCAUCAGAGGCCGCGCGGAGCCUCCCCGCCGCUUCGACACGCUAACGCCGCCCGGCUCCUUCCCGCGGCGGCAUGCCAGGUCUACAUUCCUCCAGACGUUCCAGCCCCAGAACCACUUUGCGCUCGUCGGGUUCUGGACCGAUCUGGUCCCGACCCAACAUGAGUCAGACUGAAAAGCUUCACCAGGACCAACCAGACCCGUUUCUACUGCUGGGGAACGGCUAACGGACCGGCGCUAAAUUCACCCAAACCGUGGAAACGUUUCCCGAUUCUCACUGACUUGGAUUCAACCGUCGUCCCUCAAAAUCCUCAUAAAUUCCCUCUUUGGAAUUGAUUUGUGACGCGUUACCAGAUUUUAAACAGCUUCAAGUUUGUUUUGUCUGAAUUAAAGUCCAAAUUCACAAAGACAAUGUAUAAAAUAUCAGAAAAAAACAUUCUAGAACAAAAAAACAAAAUCUAGAAAUUAAAAAGAAAAGUUCUCCAAAUUACAGUUUUUAGGGCACAAGAAUAGAUAAAUGGAUCAUGUUUUAAGAGUUAAAUGAAAAUAUUGUGAGGAACUCAAGUUCAAGAAAUGUACGUUUUUUAAUUAAUUUUUUCUGAAUUUAGAAUUAGUCAAUUUUGUCAAAGCAAAAGUUUUCUGACAACACGACAAAUAAUCAAUAUAUAGAAAUGUAAAAUUUUCAGUUUUAAUUUAAAGAAAAAUGCUCUUCAUAAUUAAAAUUAAAAAUGUCAGCAAAAAAAUUUUCAAAAUGUAAUUUAAGAAAUGUGAAAAUGAUCAAAUCGUGAAAUUCAAGUUAAAAAAAAAUAUUAGAAAUUUUAAAAGUAAAGAAAAUGUAACAAAUUUUCAUUGCAAGGUAGAAUUUCUUAAAAUGUUGAUGAAGAUUUUCUGAAUAAAUCAGAAAUGUCUAAAGUUUCAAAGAAAGAUUAAAGUCAGACAUGUUAAAUGCUUUUGGGUUGAAGUUACAUUUAGGCAGACAAGAAAUUCCGUAAAAUGAAAAAAAUGGACAAAAAUAAUUGCUAAAUUCAAAAACUUUUCUUGAUGAACUUUAAAAAAAAUUGUUGGACAUUUGUAAAAAAAAAAAAAAACAAACUCAAAUUUGCAGUUUUUUCUUGACUGAAUGAAACAGUCACGAUGUCUCUUCACAUAAGUGUGAAGUUAGCAUGCUAACGGCUAUUUAGUUUGCUAACGGCUAGUUAGCACGUGCGCGCAGCUGGCUCCUAGCUAGCCCUCUGUUCAGACUGCAGUGACUCUCUGCUGCCACCUGAAGGACAAAACCUCCGUUCCCUGAAUGUUUAAUCCUGCACCUUUAACCUCAAGAACCGCUGCACAAAACAAGCUAACGUUAGCGCGCUCGGCGCUAGCAGACUCUCGUCCUGGUAGCUUUUUUUUUUUCUCUCUCUCUCUCUUUCCUUCCAUUGGAUGGUGAGGCGGCGACGGUGGCGCGGCACAAAGCGGCUGAAUGUAGUAAAGUUUCCUCCCCGGAUGUUCCCGUCACUUUGCGUCCUCAUUACGAGAGUCUUGUUUGUUUGUUACGCGCAGCAAGAAGAAGAAGAAGACGACGACGACAAUAUGCCAAAUACAUCCAGCAUAAUAUUUACUUUUUAUGCAACAGAUGGAAAAAUCCCUCCUUUGGUCACUACAGUUAACAGGUACCAGGUUAGGUUUGUUUGUUUUUUUUGUUUUUUAAUAAAUAUCUAUAAAUAUAUAUAUAUAUAUAUAUGUUUCACAAUGUUAACAAUGUAUAUAACAGAGAAAUGUGAAUAUGUAUUUGUUCAGAAUCAAAAAAGUAGCGCUCCGACUUUGUGGUAAAUAACUACUCGCCUCCUCCGCCAUGUUUAUUUUUUUUUAUUUGAUUUUUGAUUUUCUACUUUUCUUUUUUUCUGAUGAUGUCUGUACGUUGAUGACUAUCGGUGAGUGUCUGUGUGUAAGUGAUCAAUACUGUAUAUCUGGUGUUCUCCGAGACGGGAAACAGUGGGAGACGUCCGUGUGGUUCUGUUUGUCCUUCGCCUCCGUUUCUGCUCACGUGUUCAAACUAUGCCAGAGAAUUGGGUUUUUAUUGAGUUUGUUUGUUUUUCUAAGCGACUGCUGAAUGUGAUUUUACUGAGAGAGAGAGAGGAGAAGCAGUGUGGACUGGCUUUUUGUACGGGUUAAUUUAAAGAAAACCACAAAAA